AUGGCCACGACUGGCGCGAGGGCUCAGAAGCCCGUCGGCUCUGCUGCAUGGAUCCAAGCAGAGAAAGAAAAUAUGGCAGAGCUGGUCGAGCAGGAGUUGGAGGAAGUGGAAUACCCAGUUCGCCAUGAAAUGGACUGGCUGAAUGAACAUAUGACGGAGAUCUUCUCCAAGGGCCAAGCAAACUUCACAGAUGUGUUUAAAACCCCAGGCAAGAUGCGAGGCAAGACUCCUCGCACGGCGCGGAAGCGUAACGUGGAAGAGAAUCGAGUGCCACUGAGCGAGAUCUUCUCUUCCGCUCAUAAAACCGUGGAGAGCAAAGGGAUGCCCAGCCCCAGUCCUUUUAUUCAUCGUGUAGUCUCGAAACCCACUACACUGGCAACCGGGCCCGCAUCCUCGGCCACCACUCGCUCCAAGGGUGCAGACAAGGGGUCGCAACCACAAUACCCGGAUCUCACUCAGAACCUGAACUCUUUCUCGCAUUUUAACACAGACUCGGGUUACCAUGGGAUGGAGGAUGAUAACGGCCUGCCGGAUACACAGCCAGCGACCCAGACAUCCACACAGCCUUUUGAGGCGGACGAGCCUAUGGGAUUGAGUUCUCAGGUGGAUGUGUCGAUUGACCAGCAACCGACGGAGGAUUCAUUUCACUCUGCGCAAGAGAACGUCCUCGCGCGAGGAGAGACUGUUGAGCCUAUGAACAUGGAUUCAACCCCAACACAGGAGCGAAAAAUGCACCCAGCAGAGUCGGCCACAAAUGAUCUGCAACCAGAGGCGAACUCUACACCGAAGGCCAAGACGCAGCCUGAGCUCACUAUGAAUGUGGCUUCUCGGGAGCAGCAAGAGUGCCCAGCUCCUCAAGAGGAACCCGAACCGUCAGAGGAUGACGAACCUAUGUCGAAGGUCGACUCUUCGCAGGAGAAGCUGGAAGCCACACGGUCUUCAAAGGAUCAAGAACAUCAGAGUCACGACGAGGAGGUGGAAGAUAUAACCAAAGAAGACACGGUUCUCGACAACAAUUUUGAUGAUAUCGGGUCUCCAUCGGAUGGUUCUACCCCUGAACGACUACCAAUGCGAAAGAGCAGCUUGACCUUUGCUUCUCUACCAGCGCGAGAGCCUCUGAAACGCCUCUCCCGCACCUCCCAUAUCGACAUUCCGAGGCUAAACAGUGCAGCCCGGUCCAGUCUCUUGGGCAGGCAAGUCGCGGGCCGCCGAGCAACACAAGUGGCACCGGAGGAUGAUAUGGCCGACGCUUCGGUGAUGAAUAUCGACGAUGAGCAGGAAUCUGAGGAGACUAUGGACAUGGGCCAGGCCAGCAAGUUGCAUAGCAAGAAGUCGACCCAGAGCCUCCAUGAAAGGAUCAGUAUGCUCGGGAAACUUCAGCCAUCCCGACCUAAGAAAUCAAUUGCGUCGAUCCCUAGUUUGUCUGCUGGCCAAGUUGCCUACCCGGAGCUUCCUGCAGCGAAAGCAGAGUCAAACCCCGAACCUUCAAGCCAGAAGACACGCGAGACUCCCGCUCUGGAGCCAACUUCAAUGGAUGAGGCUGACUGGAUUAAGCCUCUGAGCUCGCCUCAACGACCGAACCUUACGAAAAACAAGACCGCAGACGUGAUGGAGAAGAUCUUCGAUGUUGAUAAAUCAACCGGCAAAAAGGAUGGGGCCAACGUCCCAGAGCAGCAUUCUACUGAACCAGAACGUCCCAAAUCGGCAUACUCCAUUUUCUCUUCUCCACGCCCACACGGUCACCAACAAAGUGCCUCAGCGUCCCACAUUGCCGCGGAAGCUUCAACCACUCCUACUGGAUCUCCCAGACGUUUCGAUGGACCACUUAGUGCCUCAAAGAUGAGGUUGCAAUCCAUUAUGAAAUCCGCCAAGGGAUUAUUUACAAGCACUGGCAGCUCAAUGAGAAUUGAGAAUUCGUCUCCCGAGCAACCUCGUGUUCAGCCCCAAGAACGGGCCAGUGCUGAGGUAGAUCACAAGGACGACCAGCCUGCUCCCCAGCCCCGCCAGAUCUCUAGCCCAUCACGACAAGAAGGUCGCCGAACGCGGAGUUCCACAGAAAAGGAAGAGAAGCGUCGACAGAAAGAGCGGAAUGAUCGUCAGCAAGAAGAAGAAACCCGACAGGAAAAAGCACGGGAGAAGGAGAAGCAGCGAGCUAUACAACUCAAGUCUGCUCAAGACAAAUCAUCGGUUGAACCGGAAGAGCUGGUAAGCACCACCGCCCAGAGGCCAGUGCAGUUGCAGCACCAGCAGUCGCGUGAGCCAGAGUCGGUUCAUGAGGGAUCAAGGUUUGGGCUUCUCCAGCCGAAGCAAAGCGAUCGGCGUCCCAAACCACCAACCCGCGAGCCUGCACAAAAGCCCAACCCACGGCCGGUCUCGAUUCGUGUUGGAAGCACUCUUUCCCGUCCAAUGCCUAUUGCCUCCUCGGUUACUCCUAACGUCCAGGAGCCUGCUGUCUCCGCUCCCACCCCCGCUCCCACUUCAAAGACAGCAACUUUGAAAAAGAAGGGUAGCAACCAAUCUCUACACACAUCUUCAUCAGCGAGCAGCUUCAAAAGCUCUGUCUCAAGCCAAACACAAGCACAGCGAAAAAAGCGGGAACAGGAAGAGCGGGAGACCCGCCGAAAGGAGGACCAGAAGCGUGAGGUGGAACGCAAACGGGCUUUGCAGAAGCAACAGCAGCAGGAGGAAGAGGCUCGUCGACAGGCUGAGGCUGAGCGAGAACGUCGGGAGCGCUCUGCUCAGGAAGAUGCCAAGAAGAGUGCACAUAUGCGGGCAAUAGAAAGGCGACGACAAGAAAAUAAUGCCCGAAAACAUGAGCGCCAGGGUAGUCAGCAGGCAAUCAGCGAGGUAGAGAGGCUUAAUGACAACCGUUCUGAGUAUCCUGCUAACAGAAGCCAGGCUCCCAUGCUCCAGCACGAGAAAGCCGCCUCACAGUCCUCUCAGCGAAGUGACCUGGGCGGGACAAGGCCACCAUCUCGCUUGGGCUACGGUCGUCCUAUCAACCCCCCUGCACCGAACCCUGCCAAACCGCCCAAGAGAAACAUGGACGAGGAAGCUGGCCAUCGUGCUGCAGUCACCAACCCUAGCAACGUCCAACCUUCCGGCGAGGCCAAGCGACGCAAGACGGAAGAUGAGCACAAUCCCAUGCAGCCGAUCCGACCUACUAUGGCACCUCCAAUCCGCCAAUCAAAUAUCCGCAAGCCUUCUACGUUUGGACAGUCUGGAUCUUCAAUCUUCAAGACCGGUCAGCCCCAACGACCCGCCCACCCAAUGGACAUGGCGAAGUAUACAAACGGCAAAAUUCCAUUCGCUGAGCCCAACCACGCACCACCUCAGGCUGUGCACAAGCCCGCUGCACCUGGCUCUGCUCAGCGACCGGCUGCCCAGGUCAAGUCAUCUCCUAAGUACCCGAACGGGGAGAACAUACAUCUACCAGAGAUUGCCACAGAUAGUGAAGAUGAGGAUGACUCGGACUCUGAGAUAUUCCCAGUCCCUAAAUGGGCCCAAUCUAAGGAAUUGGAGGAUCUGCUGCGGCGGCAGGAUGGAAUGGAAGUUGACUCCAUUUUCGGUCCCAUUGCACCGUUCUCCCUGGAGGAGACAUUCAAGGCGGACAAGAAGAUCAGGAAGUACCGUGACCGCACCAGCAGUGCCAACUGGAAUGGUCCUGAUGGCCUGACCCAAGAGGAGAUCCGCAAGGAUCGCGCCGAGCGGCAAAAGCUGAGGCUCAAUGGCGGAUGGUCCUUCCAGCAAUAG